UAAAAGGAGAUCUCUACCAACCAUUUGUAGGAAGUUUCUUGCCAGUGCUGGCCCAGUCCCUUCUCUGGAGCUCAGGUGUUCCCCUUCUCCUGCAUACAGGCAAACCCUUCCAAGACUGAAGAUGAGAACAGAUAUGAUAGAGAGCAAUAACACCAAAUCCAGUGCUCCCCUCCUGACCCAAAGAUACCUGAGGAUGGUCACAAAGGAUGGACACAGCACAUUCCAGAUGGAUGGUGCCCAAGGAAAAGGUCUGGCAUACCUCCGAGAUGCAUGGGGAAUAUUAAUGGACAUGCGCUGGAGAUGGAUGAUGCUUGUCUUUUCCGCUUCUUUUGUCAUUCACUGGCUAGUCUUUGCAGUGCUUUGGUACGUGCUAGCUGAGAUGAAUGGGGACCUGCAGUUGGACCAUGAUUCUCCACCUGACAACCACACUAUAUGUGUCAAGUACAUCACCAGUUUUACAGCUGCUUUCUCUUUCUCACUGGAGACACAACUCACUAUUGGUUACGGCACUAUGUUCCCAAGUGGGGACUGUCCUAGUGCUAUUGCCCUGCUCGCAAUACAGAUGGUCCUGGGGCUCAUGCUGGAAGCCUUCAUCACAGGUGCUUUUGUGGCAAAGAUCGCCCGACCGAAGAACCGGGCGUUCUCCAUCCGCUUCACCCGCUCUGCUGUAGUGACCCACACAGAGGGGAAGCCAUACCUCAUGUUCCAGGUGGCCAACACACGCUCCAGCCCACUCACAAGUGUCCAGAUUUCUGCUAUUCUUUACCAAGAACAGGAGAAUGGUCAGCUGCACCAAACUAGUGUUGACUUCCACCUAGACAGCAUUACUUCAGGCGAGUGCCCUUUUUUCACCUUUCCACUGACCUACUACCAUUCUAUCACUCCAUCCAGCCCACUGGCUGCUCUCCUCCAAAGAGAGGCUGCUCACCAUUUCGAGCUGGUCGUCUUUCUGUCGGCUGUGCAGGAGGGUACUGGAGAAAUGUGUCAAAGAAGGACAUCCUAUCUCCCCUCAGAAAUCAUGCUGUACCAUCGUUUUGCUGCUGUGCUAGCCCGCAGUGCCAAAGGUGAAUAUCAGAUCAAGAUGGAGAAUUUUGACAAGACAAUUCCAGAGUUCCCAGCUGUGAAUGACUCCAAGAGUUCCAAAAGGACUGCCAAGGAGAUCCGCAUCAACGGACAGCACGCCGACAGCUUCCAGCUCUCCGAGACUGGCCUCACAGAUUAGACAGAACAGACUUUGAACUUUGUGGGUUUUUUUUUUAAUUAUUAUUACAUUAAAAUUUCAGGUCCCAUUUACAACCUUCCUUCCUUGGCUGCCACCAUCUAGUUAUCUUUCUCAUACUCCCGUCAUUCUAAUUACAAGGUGAUAUGCAGAGCGAAGAGAACUGGUGUGCCCAUGUGAGCUGGGGAGGGACUGGAUUAACCACCUAGAACAAAGUCAGGUACAAGAAUCACAGUACUAAUUCUGGGAAAUUAAAAGAGCUACCUGCUGAAUUCACCAGACUAUGAUUAAAGCUGCACUGACCCUGAAAAGGAGAGACCUCCAAAGCUAAACAAAUUGCUAAUUGAACAGCUUGUGACAAGGACAGCAACAACACAAAAAAUCACUCAAAACCAAUAUGGGCUCAUUCACUAAAUACAUUAGUACUGGGAUAAGCAGUUCAGUUGAUCCAAGACCCUAAUUUUUCUGUUCUCUUAACUCUUCGGGGAUACAGGCUUAUAUCAGUUUUCAGAUGGCUGAACUGACUCUUCGAAAGUACUGCCAAUCUCCCAUGGCAGUGAAAAGCACCCCUGCUGUGCUUGCUUGUUAGUCAAAAUUGUAAAUACUAACUGUAGUUCUUCAUUCUGCCAAGUAAGAGGAGAACACAUCUCAAGAUAGGUCUAUGAAGACGCUAUUAAAAAACCUUGACACAUAUGGCAAAUGCUUCAGUGGAAAUUUUUUUUGUAUUUGGAAACAAUGAAUAAGUUAUUUAGGAGUGGAAAACAAACUAUUCUAAAUGAAUUAACGUGCUCUUUUGAAAGGACAGUACAUUUCAUGUGUUCUCAGCUUUGCGCCGCUUCUCUCAAGUAGAUCUGACCCAGGAGGAUGCACUACGCCCACAUGAGAAGGAAAACUGCAUCCAUUUAUAUUUCAUGCUUUUAUCAAUAUUUGCCUGUACACACAGCACAGAAGUAUUUACAAAGACACUUGAAUCAAUUUUAAAAUAAAAAAUUAAAACAAACUAUACAUGACUUUUGUAUUUAAGUGCCUCAAGCCUACUGCAAUUAAGACGAUCUCAAUAAGACAUUCUAAAUAAUUUAAAAAGCUAAAGCAUAAAUAAUUAUCCAUCAUUCUAUUUACAAGCUCUUAACAAAAGCAAUGUCUAUUAUGAUUGUUCAUACCUGAACAGUCAAGUUACAAAAAAAGUAAAAGUUGUCUUUCAAAGGUAAAAGACACAUCCCAGAAACAAAGAUGGCACAGAUAACUUUCAUUUACAAAUGAAAUACUCUACCAAACAUGCUUCCUUUUAACUUAAUUGGUCAACAGCAGGAAAAAAACGUCUGAAGCCAUCUGUUGAGAUACCAUUAACUCAAUUCUUCAAGCCUUAAAAUUCGUUUAAUUAAAGUGUAUUCAGAAUGCAAAAGAGCUGAGCAAAAAGCCACUUUAUCUUAGGGUCCAUACUUCCAAAGCUCUAUAACGUGAUGACUGGAAAUACAGCACAACUCUUCUGUGCCAGCAACUGCUAUAGUCACUACAGAAUCACCCUCUUCCUUCACAAAUGGAAACAGCAGCCCCAGAGAGCCAUUUCACAAAGGGGGAAGAAAGAGGCAGAGGGCCUGUGUUUUCAGUGCAAUUCCACUCUUGUUCCAAACUUGUUUAAAAAUUGCCUCCCUACAUUCAAGAUCUUAGAGAGAUCUGGUUUUGUUACAGAUAUUCUCAGAAUCUUUCUUGGAAUUUAGUUUUAUAUAGAAGUAUUCAUGAACACUGUGGAGCUUGCAGAGCAACACUAUCAAAUUACAUUGCCUUCAUUCCUACUUUUCAGUUGUUGACCCCACAUGCAAUUUAAAGAUCUUUCCAUCCACCUUUCUAUCAGUACCAAUAAUUGUCAAGUAUUUCCUUCUAGCAUUUUCUUCAUGUCUCAUGUCCUCUGCCAAUACAAUGCAUUGAGAAAAGUCUGACAAAUGAAGAACCAGGUACAAGCGCAGUAGAAUAGAUUUGUCUGUGUUACUUCCAUGAAUUAACCAAGAGCAGUGUUUUGUGUGAAGUACUUUUUCUGUAUCUCACAUACUCCAGUCUCAGACAAACCAAUUAUUCUAAAAUUCAGAUGUAUAAUCCCAACAGGGUGGCACAGUAAUCUCACCUUCUAAAACCAAAGCUAUAAAAAGCUAUUUCUAAUUUCAGUUAGCAUCUAAUCACCAAGUGUCGGUUGCUUAGUUCAAUUUCUAAAUUGACUUGAGACUUCCAAGUUUUCCUGUUCAAAUCAAUCACUUUCUAUUUAUAGAUCUGGUUUAAAGGGGGCUACAGCAGCACAUAUAAAGAAAAAAAUGUUUAGUAUAUGCUAGAUGCAGUAUGUUCUAUUUUGGAACGUACAGCUGAAGAAUACCACUGAAGCAAGUUAGACAUACAGACAACUGUAGUUAUUUCAGAAUAGCUACAAAACAAAAGGUAGACGGACCACCACUAUUACUUUUACAAUUCUGCUGAUUUGGUGAGCUGUGGAUGUCUCAGGAAGUAUUGGAAAUAUGCUAUGGCCCAAAUCAAAAUACAAACCUAGAAGAAUUGCUGAUCAGCUCUGAUGCAACAAAAUUGCAUUCUAUACUUUCACUAACAUUGCAAGAGCCCUCUGGUGAUGAACCUUCUCUGCAGAUACCUCUUGCUAGCAAGGUAGGGAAGAAAAAUAAGCAAGGCAGAGAAAGUCAAAGUGUGAUUCAAAGCAAUUCAACACCUUUUGUAUCUUCACUUGAGCACCCUUUUUACAUUCAAGCUUUUUUAACCUAACCAAAUGAAUUUCUAAAUAUCUAGUUUAAUCUACAUUACAAUUAUUUAUUACCAGUGUGUAAUUGCUGGUAACUAAUCAAAUCCCCUCAGCUACUAAGCUGGUAUUAGUCAAGAGGUUGCACAGAAAAUUAAGCAGCUUUUGUGCAGCUCUAAAAGACAGCUGUGAUCAAGAAAACAACUUGCUUAUUUUCUUUGCUAAUGGCCUCCCCCUUCCAGAAGCAAUUUGCGUUGUCAAUGAAGUUUGUCAAAACUGUGACAAUCUGCAACAGAAACUCACAAAUACUUCAUGCAUCUUUAAUUUUCAUACUGAAAUCUGGAACAGAUAUUGCUGUUUAUGUUGAGAAUCACAUAAGUGUGAACUUGCAAACUGUUACGAGUGCUGAAAUGCCUUUUAAGAACAGUAUAUUCAUCACAUUUGGAAAGCAAUUCUCCACUGCAGGUCUAUUACGUUUUUAAUCUCAUGAUUUUUAAUCGAAAGGUUCUUACAUUGUCAUUCAUUAUGAAUGCCCAGAAAAGUUUCAUAUUUGAUCUGCUAUUUUGUGAUCACCCUGAACAAAGAAUAUGAGAAGUUGACAACCCAGUAAAUUAUGUAAUUUGAGGCUGAUCUAAGGCCCUAUGAUAGAGCAAUGAAAAAUUGAAGCACAGCAAAAUUGGUAAAUGGCGUGUCAAUUCACUCCAUCUUUCCGCUCUAACUGCUAUAUGAGUGGUCUACUAGUGCCUAGUAUUAGCAUGGGGCUUUUUGGCACAUCUGCAUCCCUACUUCAUGCAGAAAGUAUUUCGUGAUUGGAAAGCAUUUACAUAACACAAUUUGUUUAUUAAUCAAGGCUUGAGUCAAAACAGACCAACACCUUCUGUUAAUAUUUGUGUUCUCCACCAUAUUUCUCUUCAAAGGUAAAGAGGAGAGAAACAGUCCUCCCACUUAUGUGGCCUUUAAUCUCAAACACAGCAAUAGAGAAACAUAUAUUAAUGACUAGUUAAAAUAAUUAUUUUACAUUAAGACCUCAAAAAGAUUGUCUCUUGCCUCUAUCAUACUGUGCCACAGAGAUUUUGGCCAAAUAAGAUUAAACUAGAAGAGUAAUAGAACAAGAGACUUAGAGGAGGAGCAAUCAGGUACUACAGUUUCAAAAGUUGAGAAUAAGCAUUCCAUCCUUCACAACACAACAGGACAUGCAAGAAAGCACAAGUGGAUACCGUCUUCAGAAAAUCGUUCACAGAAUCUGCAUUCCAAGUCCUGAUCACUAGGUGUUGUUACAAACAGUAGGUGAAGCCUUAAUGCCCCAUGUUCAGGCACAAGUCAGCUUCAGUAAGGACAACUUGCACACUUUGAAGUUCUCAAUUUCAGUUGAGAGGUGCAUCUCAUCCUGAAGUGACAGGUAAUAUUUUUAUCACAGUCUUAAUCAUAAAUGUGGUGCAUUGUUUAGUAUGGAUCUGGAAGUGUUUAUCACAUGAGCAGGAAGGGGCUAAAUAAAUGAAACGAAAUCUACUAUGGUAGAUAUUUCUGCUGUAUCUACAUUUGCCUUUCAUUAAAAAAAAAUGUAGUCCUGAAGUCUCGGCAGUACCUACCCCUCCCUAUCCCCCCCACUUUUCCUUUUUCCUCCCCAAAAGGUCUCUGAAUAUAAAUACGCACUAAAGGACAAAUUUCACAACUGGCAGUAAAAGAAAAAAUGAAAUCUCAAAGCAAUCUCGUGUUAUUUUUAAGAUUAACUUCCUUUUAAGUAAAACAAAGGAUGAGGAAAACUAGCAACAUCUUAGUUUUUCAAUUUGAAAAAGCAGAAAAAUAAAAGCAUUCUUUAAAAUUAUCAAAAAUCAACAUAUACAUGUAGAGAAAAUUCAGAUGGCUUUGAAAGCAAACAUGGUAAUAAGACACCUAAAGCAUGGGCCACCAUGAUCAUCUAGAAGAUUAACGUAAUAAAAAAACUAUUCUUCCAACAAAAAAACCUGACUGCUGAUCAGGAAUUAAAACACAUUCCUAUCAACUUCUAAUUGCAAUCGAAUCUCUUUUGUCUUAAAACACAGCCUGCUACCAUCUUUCCUGACCUAUGCUUUACCAACACAUUCACUACAGAAGCUGUUUAGCCAGGACUUCUUCAGCAAAGCCCAAAAGACCCUCUGCAGUAAAAAGCCAAGGCCAUUAGCAAGCUUUCAGUAGUACAAGACUUCUCACUAAGCACAGCUGCAGUACAUGCACAUGUAAACAAUCCACAGAGAAAGGACAAGAUCAUACCAGAGAACCACCAAUGCAUGACCCCACAAAACAGAAGUCAGUACGCUUGUGCUAUAUUCAGUUGACAGAGAACUUCCUUCUUACCACUCACCAAGUAUAGAUUUUUACCUGAUUGGAUAUGUUUCAUCUCCCAGACAACUCAAGUUCAGGUGAAUACUCCAGCAGAUACACUGGGUCAAAAUUUAUGACCCAGUAUUCUGUCUGAAUGUGGCCAAGAAAUAGAAUAAGAAACAUGGCAGGUACACUUCUUGGUGCACUCUCUCACCUUUACUGGGAGAGAGGGGGAAACAGAAUUUAAACGAACAGAAGACUUGUAUGACAAAUUAAUUUGACAGGCAUUCAUUCCAUAAGCAUGGGAACCUCCACACAUCGCCAUUAGGAUCUACCACACACCAGCAAGCAUUCAAAAAUUAACAGGUUAACACUGUCCAGAAGUUCUCAGUACCAAAACAGCAUAGGCCAGGAACACUUAAAAGUUGUGUUUAGAAGGCAAAUUCACACAGAGUGCCCAUCAAUCAAUAAAGGCUCUUCUCCGACAUACAGGAGUUUAAUUACAACUAUAGACAUCACACCUUAGUUGAAUAAACAGAACCUAGUUGCAGCUGAUUUCUUCCCUAAAAUAUGAAGAUCUCUAACAGUGAAAACAAGACAGAAAAAAGCAAAGCUGAAAACACAUUCAGAGUAAAGCAGCACAGUACCAUGAACCCUCUAUCAGGGAUUCACCUGAAACAGUUAAGAAUGGUUUAUGUACACAUAGGUCCCUUCCCCAAAACACGCCCCUGCUCCUCCCUCCCAUUUUCUGCACAUACAGUAACAA